AAGGUUCAUCACAUGCAUGGGGAAUCUAAAUUAUUCAUUGGUCAGUAGUAGAGCAAGGGGCGGUGAAAAGGAAAGCAGCUGUGUACAUCAAUUAUAGAAGAUGGCAACAGAAGAUCAAUGCAACCAGAUUCCUGAUGAACAAGCCCCUCACUAUAUCAACGGACAUCCAAGCACUAGCUCACAAUAUGAAAAUCAGCCACAGUAUGAAAGCCCUUCACUAAUUAGCCAAGGUCAGCACAACAGCCAAGAUUUUGAGAGACCAGCAACAACGGGAUCUACCACGGCAGAACCUAAAUAUGAAAACUUUAAGUUUCCACUUCCUAUAAUUCCAGAUCAAGGCCAAUGGACAAUUGAAGGACCACCCAACCAGCCUAUUACUAGAGCUGUCAGUGAACUUUUCAAUGGGCAAGGUACAGAGGUGGCGACUAACCAUACAGGAGAAUUCAAAUCAGAACAACAUGAAAUCAGCAAAAAAACCGACCCAGAGAUUGAAAAUCCCAAACCAGCAAAUGACAAAAAAGGAACUGACCAAACUGUUCAACUUCUACAAGGCCAACGACCAAGUGUUCACACAGAGAUACUGACUCUAGCUGAGGAACCGGAAGAGAUGAUAACGCAACACAGAAGUUACCACAAUGAAAUCAGUGGGGAAGAGGCCAAGAAAAGGCUCAGAGUUUUCGGCGAUCACCACUACCUCACUCGCUACAGUGAAAAUUGGAAGUUUUACGUACUUUCUGUGUAUAUGAGCGAUGAAGAUUUAGAAACCGAGAAGUUUAAGCAUUAUAAGCUGAAGGUUUCUGGUGAGGGAAUAAGAAUUCUAGACCACAAACUGUUUGAAAGCUUGGAGAUAAUGCUCAAGUACUACGAACACAACAGGCUCGAUCCAGCCUUCCCAAGAAUUGGAGUUUGCCUCACUGAGAACGACUACAAAAUAAGAGUCAGAGAGAUACGUGGGCAACAACCGAAUCCUGACCCAGCUCCACACAUCGAGGAACCGCAAGCCCAACAGCUCAUUAAAUGUACAAUAAUAUAGCUACACUGUAAACGCAGACUUUUGUGAGCAGUAGACAAUUGCUCACAUUAUAAUCGCUCACAUUAUUUUUUUUAGAUCUAUAUAAUUAUUAUAAUUUUUAAUACAGCAAAAAUAAGAUUACAAAA